AUGGACCCCUCGAGUGUACUGGCGGCUGUGGUGCUUUGCUGGUGCCCAGUGCACGUACUUUUGACCAAUGAGGACUGGUCGUCCUUGCAAGGAUGGAUGAGUUCCCUGAUGCAGGCCAAGACACCAGUGGAUGUUUUGAAAGACGGCCGUGUUGAAGAAGAGAUGAUGAAGCUUCGCCAAAGGAACUACCAGUUGUUCAGCCGUUGUUUGUCUCACCUCGCUUUGGUUCUAGCCAUUGGGUGGAUGCACAAAGCCUUCAAAACGGGUGGAUUGGAGUCCACGACGUGCGCUGUGAGUUUCAUAGCAGGCUAUAUCCAGCACUUAGUGAUCGGAACUAAGUUGGUGGAUUGCACUCCCUGGAAAUUGCAGUCCUUGAGUUACUUGAUGCAUACCCUCACAUUGCUGAUCCUUCUUGUCACAGCGUCACAAAACGCAUCGAGUUUUACAUUGCAACAAGGCUUUGUCACCGCGUGUCGCUUCUUAUUGGUCUUGGCGUUUUUGGACCCACGAACUUCAAUUCCUUUUCAAGUGCUGUAUACCACGGCCCAAGUCUUUGUCUACCUUAUUUGUGUUGAAGAGCAGGGCUUGGAGUUGGAACUUUUGUGUUUUACCCAGCUUUUUGUGUUUGUUGUCGCCACAGCUUCCUCUUUGUUCAUCGACAUGGCACUUCGCGGACGUAUUUAUGCGCAGUUGGAUUCCGCCGAUGCGGAGUCUUUGGUAUCCGGCUUCCGGAGGGUCUUGAGAGGUGCUUGUGAUGGCGAAGUGCUCUUGGACAACCACAUGAAUGUCGCACAAGAGAGCGAAUGCUUAAAGCAUUUGAUUCUCACCGAUGUGAGUUUGAAAGGCAGGUCCUUUCAACAUUUACUUGUUGAAGAUGAACAGGCUCGCUUUGGCGAGUUCAUUGAGGCCUCCACUCAGGCCUUUGGCAGGCCAGACUCCAAAGAUUCUGCAUGCCCCUCCUCCUUGAGGAUCUCUUUGCGUACAUCUGCUGGCAUUCGUGUUGGUGCAGAUAUUUGCCAUGUGCCUGUUCCAGGUCUCUUUGGUGCUGAAGAGCCUUACCACAUCAUCGCUUUCAAAGAAGAUCCCGAAUCACGUCCUCAUCCCGAUGCUGAAGAAGAUGCAGUGCCGGCAGUCCUGUUGAACAAUGCUGCGAGGCAGAAUCAGGUGAAAGUGGUAACCCAAGACUCAAAGUCCAUGCUAUCUGCAAGUAGUGGACACAGUUCUUGUUUCGAUGCUUGUGUGGAGUUGCAACAGAUGACUUUGCUCGUGGAUGUCGAUACAGAGCUUCAUGAUGUGGAGAAAGCACACCUGAACUUUGCACGUCCCGAUGAGCAGGCUGAGCAAACGGCAGAUCCACCGUCAGCUUUGCAAUCGAACAUGCCCUGCUUGCGGAAGCUCGUGAAGCCAACAGAUUGGGAGAAAGUCCGUUCCAGUAUUGCCAGAUAUGUCGACAAUGCUUUACAAGAUCGCACAAUCCCCCCCCCAGACCUUGAGCAAGAUGACUGUAAAGCUCCCUGGUCAUGGUGGAUGGCUGCUGGUAGAAGAAGCAAGCAUGCACCAAAUUCCAGGGUCCAAGAAGAUCUGGGUGCUCUUGAACGGGUUCCGACCAGAGAAAACUCGACUUGUGCCAUCUUUGGUCGGAAUUUCUGA